GGUGGUGAUAGUGGCGAGUGAGUGCAGCGACACGGCUACCUGCUGGCCGAGGCAGUGGCCGCCGCGCGAUACUGCCGCCUCGCCAGUCUCACACACUCGCUGCCGUUGACAGACGGGUGUCGUCUUCUCGUGACACUGACCAACCGAUACGAUGGCCGGGACCGUGGACCUGGACGCGAUACUGCUGGAGCUUGGCCAGUUCGGCCGGUACCAGAUCAGGAAUUACUGCUUCAUCCUCGUCGUCAUCCUGAUGAGUGCUGUCUACAACAGCCAGUAUAUCUUCGCUGCAGGAGAAGUUUCUUAUAGGUGUAAGGUGCCAGAAUGCGAGGCGUCACCGCCGGAGUUCGAGGCCGGCAAUUGGGGCACGUUUGCGCUACCCGACGCUGGGGCGCGCUGCGAGCGUCUUGUGCCACUGGGGGAGGAGUGCGCGCCUUCCAGCUUCAGUGCCAACCAGACCAAGCGGUGCCAGUCCUGGGUUUAUGAGAAUCAGAACACUAUAGUACCUGAGUUCGACUUGGCGUGUCAGGAGUGGCUCCGUACUCUGGUGGGCACCAUCCACGUGGCUGGUGUGUUCGGCUCGCUGCCCGUCACCGCCUACAUAUCUGAUGCGUAUGGUAGGCGUACAGCACUGGUGAUCACGGCGGUGUCUCCAGCAAUUAUGGGCGUCAUCCGAGCAUUCUCAAAUUCAUACAUCAUGUACAUCUGUUUCGAAUUCCUGGAGGCCUUCGUCGGCGCCGGCGUCUACAGCACUGCAUUCAUUUUAGCUCUUGAGAUGGUGGGUCUGGACAAGCGUGUUCUGGGAGGGAACCUAAUCUCCAGCACAUUCGCACUGGGACAGGUAGUGACUGCAGGUGUAGCCUGGCUGGUGCCUUACUGGAGGACCUACACCCUCGUUCUCUACGCACCCUCGGUCCUUUUCAUCUCAUACUACUGGCUUAUUGAAGAGAGUGUGCGCUGGUUGCUCAGUAAGGGGCGAAACAAGGAAGCUGCUAGAAUUAUUUUCAAAGCUGCGAAGAUGAACCGAAGGAAGUUGUCUCCAGAGACUAUUAAAACUCUGACAGAAGAACCGGAUCCAAAGAAACCAACUCAAACGGAUGAAGUAGAGGAGCCGGAAGACAAGCGGGGUAUACUGCUGCAGGUUGUAAAGUCCAAGACGCUGAUGUUCCGUCUGAUUGUGUGCUCGUUCUGGUGGAUCACGCUGACGUUCGUGUACUACGGGCUGUCCAUCAACUCAGUGUCGCUGGUGGGCAACAGCUACGUCAACUACAUCCUGACGUCACUCGUGGAGAUCCCUGGCUACUGCCUCAGCGUGCUCACACUCGACAGGUUCGGCAGGAAGAGCUCCACCAUGACUGCGUUCAUCAUUUGUGGGAUAUCAUUAAUAGCGAUGCCAUUCGUACCAGAAACAAUACCCUGGCUGCAGACGACAUUGAACUUGCUGGGCAAGCUAUGCAUUAGCAUGGCGUUCAGCAGCAUCUACAUCUACACGGGAGAGUUGUUCCCCACGCAGGCGCGGCACCGCCUGCUCGGCACCUGCUCCAUGGCUGGCAGGAUAGGAGCGCUCGUCGCGCCACAGACACCACUGCUGAUGGCAUACAUGGAGUCGCUCCCCUACUUAAUAUUUGGUAUAAUGGCGGGUACCUCCGGUCUGCUGAUGAUGCUGACGCCGGAGACUCUGAAGGCUAACUUACCUGACACCGUUGCGCAGGCAGAGAAUAUGGACAAGAAAAAGACUACUGUGCAGUAGCACAAGAAUCAACCCUAUGGCUUAUGGCUUAAGAUAGAUCUUAUAAAAACAAUGCAUUUCAACGGUAAGUAGGAAGUAUCUUUUAGGUAGUAUUUCGUUUCGUUAAAAUUGCAUAUUUUCCUCUUACAUUAAUUUAUUUUGUAAAGAAGAUAAUAUUUUAUCAAAUCAUAAGAAUUUGACGUGGUAGUGAGAAGCCAUUGCAUUACGUUAGAUAGAAAAUGGAUGUCUACAUAUCGGAUUAAUUUAUUUGUAAGAUAUAAGUUUUAUAUUAUGUGUAAGCAUUAGUGAAUAAUAAUAUAGGCAGAGUUUCAAGUGUACAUGUGUAAAUGAUUCUGAUAUAGAAAUAAAUGAUUAAUUUUAAGAAAAUAUUUUUAUGUUAUAUUAAUAUGUAAAGGCCACUAAAUAUGACAACAGAACCAUUGCGAGACAUACUGAAUUACUUUUCUUUUUGACGUGAGUAACCCAAAAAUAUGUUUGAGUUGAUACAGAACCAUUGUAGAGGUACAAAGUUUAACAAUCAAGACGGCAUACUUCAUGUAAGUUGGUACUUGGUAGACUUUAACAGACAUUGGCGCCUCUAGCGGUCAAUGCAAGUAACUUUCAAAUUGAAAAUUUUAAUUAAGGUUUGAAUGUCUACACGUUGAAGACUAUCUAUACGUUGAACGCUUCUGAACUUUCGUUAAACUUAGAUUAAUGUUUCAAUAAUAAAAAGUAUUGUAUGUAUAUUAUGUAUUGUAGUAAAUACUGACAAUGUUGUGAUGCUCGUGAUAAAGUUUAGUCAAUUUAAUGUUAAAUAUUUAAAUUCCUUAGAUAUAGUCAAUAUACGUAGUACAAUGUAAGUAUUAACUAUUUAUUUUAUUUAUUUGUUGCUUUUACUAUUGUCUAGUAAUUUCGAACAUGACAAUUGAUCGCAAUUAAAAAAUAUGUAACUAAAUUGAAAUUCCGGUUGAUACUGGAGAAAGUGUAAUGAUAUCAUUAGUAAGAUAUUUAUUGAUAAAAUAAUUAUUAUAAUACAUACAUAGAGGUAUAUGCGCCGUCUCGUCACACAAUUUACGACGCAUUUUGAAUUUUCCUUGAGAUUAGCCUUUGUGAUUGAAAGUCGGUCAGGGAAAUAUUUUUAAUGCUUUUCAUAUGUUACUUAAUAAGAUAUUUAACCGAAAAGAUAAAAGAUGGAUGGAGAGUAAGGUGACUCUUUUCGUUAUACAGGUUGUAAACAGAACACUCUCGGUAACGCAGACAGGUGAUAGUAAAAAACGAGUUUUUAUUAAAAAAAAAAA